AAUGGCGGACUAUUUGUACUUACAUAGCAACUGAGUUUUCUCAAUAAAACCAGAAUAUCUUGUGGAAAGACUACUUUUCUCGUUAAUUUUCACAAAGAAAAGAUGGGAAGAACCCAGAUCUCUUAAAGGAUGCCUUCUGGCAAAGGACGCAGUAAGGAAGAUACAUGGAAGGAAUCGGACUUGAAAAAAGCAAUCCAGGGGGAUAAAAAGGAAAGGCCAAGUCGCAGAGAAGAUGACAGAAGGGAAAGAAAAUCUGAUCGAGAUGAUGACAGAAAAAGACGAGAAUGCAGAGAGGACUUGGUGAAUGGUGAAGAUAAAGACAGAGAUAAAAGAAGAAAAGAAAGAAGUUCUGACAAAGAAAAGAGAAGAGAUAAAGACAGGGACGGAGAAAAAACUAGAGAAAGGUCUGAUAGAGAUAAGGAAAGGAGAAGAGAAAAGGAAGGAGAAACCAGUGGAAGGGGAAGGGAAAGAAAAGAAGGAGAACGAUCUGAAAAAGACAAGGUAUCAAGCAGAGACAGGGAACGACUUAGGGAACGGGACAGAAGAGAAAGGGAGCAUGGAGAAAGUGAAGGACGAAGAAGAGAUAGAGAAAGUGACAAGGACAGAGAACGGCGUCAUAGAUCAAGGAGGGAUCAUGAAGGUGAUGAUCGCAGGGAUGAAAGAAAAUUAAAAGAAAAGGAGGAUGAAACUGGCUCAGAAGAAAGAAGAAAAGACAGGGAACGAAGAAGAAGAAGAGAUGAGGGUGAAUCAAGUAGACACCGUGAUGAAAACAGAGACCAAAAAAGGGAAAAGUCAAGAGAACGGGAUCACAGGGACAGGAGAAAAGAAAGGGAACAUGAUGAAUCAAGAAAGCAUAGAGAUAAGAGUGGGGAGAGAAGGGAAAAGAAAAGAGAAAGAGAUGACAGAGAAAGAAGAAAAGAAAAGGAAGAAGUAUGGCUCCAAUAACUUUAUUAUUAUUGAUGCUUUAUUUAGCUCAGCUUCCAAUAUUAAUGCUAAAAUAUUUAUUUCUGUUUGCUACAGAAUUUUUUUUCAUACAUUGAUUGAGGUUGAACUAAUGUAACCGGCGGCAAGGCGCUCAGCUAUGAAUCAGAUUGCAAGUGGUUUUGACAAAAGAAUUUAUUGAAAAAUUCACACAACUUUACAAUACA